AAGGAUUUCUUCACCCUCGUGACCAAAAUCUAUAGUCGUAGGUGAACAGUAUUUAUUCCCAACUGAGCUGGAGAAAACUCAAGUCAUCCUCUGCUGGCAAUAUAGCUCUGCUGAAAUAAAAGCUGGCAGCACAGACUGCCCAGGGAGCUCCAGUUCUUCCCAUCUCAAGCACCAGGGAGGGACCAAGCCCUGCCUACAAAAAGGGUGAAGCCAGGGGAAGAUAAGCCUUGGCUUCACGUUUGGACAGCGCUGUCAAGUGGGAGAUUGCUGCGACCAUGUCCUCCUCCAUCAAAAUCGAAUCUGUUGUGAAGGAAAAGAACAGGAUGGGAGAGUGCCCAGUCUGGGAAGAGAGGGAGAGCGCACUCAUCUACGUAGACAUUAACUCGCAGAAAGUUUGCCGCUGGAGCUCGCUCACCAACGAGGUGCAGAGCGUGUCUGUGGAUGCCCGUGUUGGCUCAGUGGCACUGCGGCAGUGUGGGGGCUACAUCAUUGCCCUGGGGACCAGGUUUGCCUUUCUGGACUGGGACACCAAGGCGGUCACCACAAUCCUUGAGCUUGAGCAGGAUAAACCCAAUAACAGAUUCAAUGAUGGGAAAGCGGAUCCAAAAGGAAGGUUUUUUGCUGGUACAAUGGCUGAAGAGACAGCACCUGGGGUCCGAGCAAGGCGGCAAGGAGCUCUCUAUACCCUCUUCCCCAACCACUCAGUAAUAAAACAGUUAGACCAGGUGGACAUCUCCAAUGGUCUGGACUGGUCCCUGGACCACAGGACCUUCUUUCACAUUGACAGCCUGGCAUAUGCUGUACAUGCCUUCAGCUACGAUGUGCACACUGGAAAGAUUGCCUGCCCCAGACUUUUGUACCAUCUGGAAAAGGAGGAGCAAAUGCCAGAUGGGAUGUGCAUAGAUGCAGAAGGGAAGCUCUGGGUGGCCUGUAUUGAUGGCGGGAGAGUCAUUCGUAUAGACCCAGAGACAGGAAAAAGAAUCCAAACUGUGAGGCUGCCUACUCCGAGGAUCACUUCUUGCUGCUUUGGUGGAAAAGACUACUCAGAAAUGUACGUGACUUCUGCAUAUGAUGGCCUGGAUGAGACCACCUUAGCCAAGGAACCUCACGCAGGAGAGAUUUUCAAGAUAACAGGCCUGGGUGUGAAAGGGAUCCCACAGAAUUUCUAUGCUGCUUGAACACUGGUGUUAAAUAACAAAGAAGAAAUGCUUGUAGUAACUCUGACAAGGAGAAGUCCAAUGAACUGCAGAAUUUAUCUGUGUGAGGAUUUCUAAAUCCACAUUUGAGAGCAUUCCUGUUUGGAUUUGAAGAUAGUCCUUCUCCUGUGGACCUGUGUCUUGAUGCAAUAGGUUAGGGAGGUAAAGUCAACUGGUGUUACACCUGGAUAGCUUUUGUGACUUCCCAUAGACCUCUUCAAGCUCGAGCUUAGUUUUGUUGAACUUUCUGAUUGACAAGCUCUGGAUUUUCAAGGCUGGGUAGUUCCUGUAGCAGAAUCUGACUUCUGGUUUGUCUUUUCAUCUAACAGUGAUGUACCAGCAAUGAUAUAGCAGAUGUUAAUAAAUGUUUUAAGUAAGUGA